AUGAGGGCGCUGCUCCUGCUCUGCUGCUUCCUGGCCUCGCUCCUGCUCUCAACACAAGCAGGUGGGCGUCAGAACCGGAGCUGUCUUCCAACUGCACUCACCCUGUGCGGUGCUCGCUUCCCCAUCCUGAUGCUGACAUCGGCUCUAUCUUUUGCUUCCGCUGCCAUGAUCCACAAACUGCAAGUCCCUGCUUCGGGUGGCACAGAAGAUGUUGGCAAUUUGUUGGAGAAUCAUUUCUCUGCUGGAGACGCAAGUCUAGAGGAGAAAGAAAGGGCGCUCUAUGCAGAUGCGGCCCCUCCAGACAAGAAUCUGCUCCUUCACUACCCAGACGGCAGGGAGGCUGAGAGCUCGGAGCAGACCACCACUGGGGUCCCCCCCGCCGCCACCGGCCCGGGCUCUGAGCCCGAAGCCAGCCUCUCCAAUGCCUCAGCUGCGGACUCAGCCUCCCCGGAGGAUGCUGCUGGGCCUGGGGAGGGCGCGGAGGGAUCGCCGGUGGGAGGCGGCCUUCCUCUAGGAGGGGAUGAGGGGCCCAGGGAAGAGGAGAGGCCAGAGCUGGGUUCAGGAGAGGAGGAGGCUGGGCUGGGGCUCUCCACAGAGGGGGCUGUCGAUGGGGAGGCAGGAGUGCAGGUGGGGAAUGGUGGAGUCCUCAAGGCAGCUGAGGGGGUUCUAGGAGACAGCCUUGUUCAGGGAGCAGCAGAAGAGGGGAGCACAGCGCCUAAAGCCACGGGAGUCUCCUCUGGCAUGGAGGGUGAAGAGGCCCCUGCCACAGAGACAGACCAGGCCUGCCCAGGAUCCGAUCACCAGCCAGCAGAUCUGGAUGGAGCCUUGGAUACGGAAGGGUCAGCAUCGGCCGCGGAAUCCGGGCCUGCUGCAGAUGCGAAAGCCGGGGAGGGGGCUGAAGUCCAGCCUCAGGUCAAUGCUCCAGAAACAGAAGACGAGAGGAGCACAGCGCCCCUUCAUCAGCCCACAGAGAUGGAAGAAGCACCAGACACCACAUCAGUUGGGGUAGCGUCAGAGGCCGAGAUGGACGCAGAAGCCGGGGAGGGGGCUGAGGACAAGGGCGAGGCUGGCCAGGCCGCAGAGACCGGGGAAGAGUCCAGUGACUCUCAGAGCUCUGGGGCUGGGGAGACUGGAGAGACAGGGUCCUCCAAGGACCAGGCGCCUGAAGAGGGCCCAGAUGAGGCUUCUUCGGAGGAAGAACUAGAAGAAGAAGAAGGCGUCAGCGAGGAGGAAGGAGGAGUUGUAUCUGAAGAGGAGUCUGUAGAAGACAGUGGCGACGGGGCUAGCUCAGAAGAAGGAGGUGCCUCGGAGCAGGCUGGGGAACCCCAGGAAGCAGCAGCAGAAACUACGGAGCCUGGGGAGCAAGGAGCCCAGCACCACACAGAGGAUCUGAACACAGAGCCGGAGGAGGGUGGUGAGGCCCAGGCCGCCGGGGCACAGGAGCCCGAAGAGAAACCCCAGGGGAGGGGGAAUCCUAUCAUUGCCACCCAGGAAGAGGCAGAGGAUGUGAGUGAAGAAGCACCUUUGAGGGACCGCUCCCACAUCGAGAAAACCCUGAUGCUGAAUGAAGACAAGCCAGCCGAUGAUUACUCAGCGGUGCUACAGCGGCUUCGAAAGAUCUACCAUACAUCCAUCAAGCCUCUGGAGCAAUCGUACAAAUACAACGAGCUUCGGCAACAUGAGAUUACAGAUGGGGAGAUUACUUCCAAGCCAAUGGUGUUGUUCCUGGGCCCGUGGAGUGUCGGUAAAUCCACCAUGAUAAACUACCUCCUAGGGUUGGAAGAUACUCGGUACCAGCUAUAUACAGGUGCUGAGCCCACCACCUCCGAGUUCACAGUCCUCAUGCAUGGGCCCAAGCUCAAAACCAUCGAGGGCAUUGUCAUGGCUGCUGACAGUGCCAGGUCCUUCUCACCCCUGGAGAAGUUCGGCCAGAAUUUCCUGGAGAAGCUGAUUGGUAUCGAAGUUCCCCACAAACUUCUAGAGCGGGUCACUUUUGUGGACACACCAGGCAUCAUUGAGAACCGCAAGCAGCAAGAGAGAGGUUAUCCCUUCAACGACGUGUGCCAGUGGUUCAUUGACAGAGCUGACCUCAUCUUUGUCGUUUUCGACCCUACCAAGCUGGAUGUAGGUCUGGAGCUGGAGACGCUCUUCCGCCAGCUGAAGGGACGUGAGUCCCAGAUAAGGAUCAUCCUGAACAAGGCAGACAAUCUGGCAACACAGAUGCUCAUGCGUGUGUACGGGGCCCUCUUCUGGAGCUUGGCACCUCUCAUCAAUGUCACAGAGCCCCCUCGGGUUUAUGUCAGCUCCUUCUGGCCACAAGACUAUAAGCCUGACACCCACCGGGAACUGUUCCUCAAAGAAGAGAUCUCCCUCCUGGAAGAUCUGAACCAAGUGAUUGAGAACAGGUUGGAGAAUAAGAUCGCCUUCAUCCGCCAGCAUGCCAUCCGGGUCCGUAUUCAUGCCCUUUUGGUUGACCGCUAUCUUCAGACUUACAGGGACAAAAUGACCUUCUUCAGUGAUGGAGAACUGGUCUUUAAGGACAUUGUGGAGGAUCCUGAUAAAUUCUACAUCUUCAAGACCAUCCUGGCAAAGACCAAUGUCAGCAAGUUUGACCUUCCCAACCGUGAGGCCUACAAGGACUUCUUUGGCAUCAAUCCCAUUUCCAAUUUCAAACUCCUCUCUCAACAGUGCUCUUACAUGGGAGGUUGUUUUCUGGAGAAGAUCGAGCGGGCCAUAACCCAGGAGCUCCCCGGCCUCCUGGGAAGCCUUGGGCUUGGGAAGAAUCCAGGUGUUCCCAACUGUGACAAAACAGGGUGUGGCGAGACCCCAAAGAAUCGCUACAAGAAGCACUAGGGUUGUGUGUAGCUGUUCUCGGGUCCCUGUUGGAGAAUGAGCUUGCAUCCUAAAUGUCUGAGAAGUCCUGGUUUAUUAACCCUUUGAGUCACACUGGCGAGAAUCCGUACACAGUGGAGAUUUGGGAGUUGGGGUGAGGCUGAUGGUGGGGGCAGGUGUGUGGAUCUAGUGGGGGUAGAAAGUGGAAACUGUGAACUAUAGUGUGCUUGUCUUGUUUCAGUGAGGAAGCCUGGCUGAGGAAGAGCCAGCAGCACCCCUUGCUUUUCCUGGGUCCUGUCUGGGAGGGACAGAGAACAGCUAAGUUCUAGCGCCUGCUAAUUCAGUGAGGGUCAGAUAAGCUAUAUGCAGUUGGAAUUCCUUCCCCCUGUAAGCUGGGCAGAUCGUGAAGCCCGCAUGACGCCGAGUUGUCAGGUCUGUGUCAACUCCCUCCACACACAGUCAGUCUUUGGUUUGUUCCCCAUCCAUCCUCAGUUCCCUCUCAAGCUUGAGUUGACUUUCAGCAGUGGACAAUCUCUGGAGUCUGAAUCUACCUGGGUUUUGAGCCUGUCCCAGGAACCUCUUCCCUGUUUCCCCAAGGAGGGUGCCAGUGCCUAGCGAACAAGAGCUCCCAGGUCAGGGUGAAGGCCAGUCUCCCUACGUGUGGCAUUUCUUUGAUAUUUCAGCUGGGGAGCUCAGGCUCAUUGGCCAUGAGAGGAGGGUGAGUGGGUGGUGUCUUCAGGCCAUUCCCCUCUUGGAAAUGACUGAAAUGAAGGUACUAGAAGGGCUCAGGGGGUUAAUUGGUUUGCAGUGUGUCUUUGUCUAUUGCAUGUCUUGGAAAACUCAGAUCCUAAAGGCAUUGGGUUUCAGAGAGGACAGUGGAGGCCUUGCUCCUUGGUCUUGGGGACUUCUCUGGGCAGCCACCCUCUCCCAAGUUUAGGGGGAGGCUGUUUCUACAGCUUCUCUGUGGAAACACAUGGCAGAGGUGUUGCUGCUUCCGGAUCCCAUUACCAUGGCUUUUCCUUUCUUCUCCAUUUCCUCAUGCAUCAACACUUAAAACUCAGAAUUUUCCUAGGAUCAGAUCCAGCACCAGCCAUUCGGCACCUACCCCUAUGGCAACCAAGGCCUAAGGUUCAACUUCUACUUGCGUGUGAGGCAGGUGAAUGUACCAAACACCAGUGAGUGUAAAUUUGUGUGUCCAUCAUCAAAGAGAGAGAUUGAGGAAAUGAUAUACCCAAGGGGACAGAAAAAGAACUCCUUGUGAGAGUCCAUGAGGCCCACACAUAGCACCACCUUGGAGGGGAAGGCCUGGGGCCUGGGCAGCCUUUUGAUGGAGCAUGCCCAGUGAACUCAUGAGUGCGCAGAGGUGACCCAGAGUUGUCUCGAGCAGCCUUUCAAGCAACGCCAACAGCUCUUCUUGGGAGCAAACUGCCACGGAUGCCUUGACCACAAGACGUGAGUAUCUACCAGCACCAGAAGCUCAUCUGGACCAGAGGAAGGCUGAGCCAGAGUUCCUUCCUCUGAGGGCCCAGGCUCAUAAGCAGAUCCCCAUGACCCACGGGGUCCACAUGGAGAACUGCAAUGCAGGAGCUUGUGUUCUUCUGAAUUCUUAGCAGCCGGCACCUUCUACCAGGGAGGCUGCUGCUUUGGACUUCUUUGUGGAGAACCUCCACACAAGAGAGCCAGAGCCCCCAGGGCUGCUUGGACACACAACACUGUCUCCAAGAAGCAAGUUAGUGGGAGAAGAGCCACUGUUUCUGCAUGGGGGCAUCCACGGAGCCUGGUGGCCCGGACUGAUGCGCCUCAAUGUGUCCUGGACUUUUCUUCCUUUAAAACAAACAGUCCCCUUAUCUCUCCUCUCUAUAACUUGCCCUUUUGGGAGACUAUUCCUCGUGCCUUUCUCUUUCAUGGUCCUCAUGCUUGUGGCUUGCUUUGGGCACAUCUGUUUUUGUUUUUUUGUUUUUUUUUCUUUCUUUUUAUUCAAUGCAGUCAGGGGAAUUAAAAAAAAAGGAGAACUGUAUGGACCUCAUCAUAGCUGUCAGUGUCACCAUUGCUUUGGGAGAAGCGGGUGCACGUGGGGCUGAUAAACUCACACAAUAUUUGUAUUUUUGAGGGGCUGCCUUCUCAGUGUGCUCUCUUGUGAAUUUUUUUUUCUUUUCUCCAUCUCUUUCCUUUUCUGUCUCUCCAUUCUAUUCCUCUUCUUAUGCACUGACCUACCUUUUCUCUGUUGACCAGUACAGGUUAGAACCUGUACUAUCCUUUGUCCAGCUCCAUGGAGAUAGAUUUCAACCAGGAUUCUCUUUUAUUUUUAUUUUUCGGAUGGGGAGGCAGAGCUGGAAGUAGAGGAAAUGUAGCAUCUAGAGAUUCCCCAGAAGGAGUAGUAUCUGAAUGGCUGUGCGGGAAUGUGGCCAACCCUUUCCAGCAUUCUUUUCUAUUCAAAUUUCAGCAGGGAAAAAAAGUCUCAAUAAAGUUCCAAUCUCUCUUUAACACCUUGUCGUUCCUUUAACACAG